AUGAAUUAUUAUUCGUUCUAUAACUUGCCUUCUCAACCUCAAACAGUUUAACCUCAAAUUCAUAAGAAAUUACACAAAGAUUAGUAUGAGAUACUUUAGAUUGAACUAGGAAGUGGAACUUAUGGGAAAGUUAAGUUAGCAAUUAACAAUGUCUAAAAUAAAAAGUUUGCUAUUAAAAUAGUAACAAAUUUAUAUAUAAAGAUUUCAAAAAGCUAUAUUAAGCAAAUUUAUGCAACUUAACAUAUAUUAAAUGAAUUAAAUUACUUAUCAGGAUGUAAGCAUAAAAAUAUAGUGGAAUACGUUGAACAUUUUGAAGAUAGAGAUAAUAUAUAUAUAGUUCUAGAGUAUUGUGGACAAGGAACCUUAGAUGAAUUGAUAAAAAAAAAAAAAAAAUUAAAUGAAGAAGAAGCAUUUCAUUAUUUCUAUUAAAUUGCUUAAGCUAUUCUUUAUUUGCAUGAAAAAGAUAUAGUUCAUAGAGACAUAAAAGCCGAUAAUAUUUUAUUGUAAAAUAGUGAUGUAAAAGUUUGUGAUUUCAAUUGGUCAACAUUCUUACCAAAUGGUGGUAAAGCAAAACCAUGUUUUUGUGGUACAACUGAAUAUAUGCCACCAGAGAUUAUAAGAAAGGAAAAACACGACAAGGCAGUUGAUAUUUGGUCCAUGGGAAUUCUAUUAUAUGUAUCACAAAUAAUUAAUAAUUUUACAGUAUAUGUUACAUGGUGAAUUAUUAUUUAGAGCCAAAGAAAAGGAAGAGCUACAUGAAAAAAUUUGUAAUAAAUAAUUAAUUAAAUUCAAUCAAAAAUUGUCUACAGAAUGCUUAUUUUUAUUAUAAUAGAUGUUAGCACAUUAAAAAAGAAUUAAUAUUUAUUAGGUAUUAAAUUCAGAUUGGGUGAUUAAGAUGUUAAAGUCUAAAAAUAAUUUACAUUCUCUUGAGCUGACUCCAAUCAAAAAUCGAUCAACUGCCUAAGAAUCGACUAGAUUUAGCUUUUAAUCAAAUUCAACUCGCCUUUCCAAUUCAAAGUUCACAACUAAAUCUUAAUAUAUUGAAUCACCAUAAAAAAUAAGAGACCUAAAUUAUGGAGUUACAGAUUAAAAUCCAAAGAAAGUUAAAAGUUCUGCUUUAGAUUAAAAUAAUCCUGCUUUCAGGGUUGAAAAAAGAUAUUUUUAUUGA